CUAUUUCUGAUACACGCCAGGAUACUCUUGGCCUUCUUGGCCACCUGGGCACACUGCUGGCUCACGUUCAGCUGAGUGUCAACCAACAUCCCCAGGUCUGUUCAUUCCACACAGACUAUUUCUUCCAACUUGGUAUUACUUGCAAACUUACUGAGGGUGCACUCAAUCCUUUUGUCCAGGUCAUCAAUAAAGAUAUUAAACUGGACAGGCUCCAAUACCAACCCUGGGGGAGUACCACUUGUGACUGAUCACCAGCUGGAUUUAACUCCAUUCACCACCACUCUCUGGGCUCAGCCCUCCAGCCAGUUCUUUACCCAGCAAAGAGUGUACCUGCCCAAGCCACAGGCUGCCAUCAUUGACGAACUGCUGAAUUGCUAAUUCACAAACUGCUGAAAUGUAGCAUUCUUUGCAACUUUUGUUGAAAGAUUUGUUAAUUAUACCACUGAGUCAGUUGACUAUUGGUUCUUAUUAAAUAGCAUCAUAACAUUGUCUUAAUAUGCUGCUCUUUACUGCACACAGUAAGUGUGCGGUGCUUACUCUCUGCUUGCCCUUCCUGUGCUGCCUGGAAGGAGCUAUUCUGGAAGUAAGCUUUGCUCAGUGUGCUGGGUUAUGUAAGUCUUGUCGAUCAUUCUGCAAUAUGUGAGUUGCUUUUGGACUUUCUGGCAAAGUGUGUGAUGGCUGAUUCCAGACCAGUGAAUGAUCUGAAUGCUUUUAAGAGCUCCAAAUGAAAAUAAUAAUGUGUAAAACAAUGGCAUUUGUCUUUUACCAUCAGCUGGUGAUGCUUGUCCUGUAGUGUUGUUGUCCUUAUGUUGUAAACCCAUGGAUAAGAAUUUCAUUGCCUUGUGGUUUGUGUGGUGACGAAUGUACAGAUGGAGCUUGCUCUGAAGCAUGUAUAUUCUGCACAAUCCUUCAGAACAACUGUUUCAAAGUUAGUGGGUUGAGGAUGGAAGGACAAACUCCAGCCAUAGGGGAGAAAAGGGAGAUGAAGGACUUAGCAUAGUUCUGUGAUGCAAGGCAAGGACCUGAAGCACGGCGGCAUGUCUGAGCCAUGCCUCUACUGGUGCUGCCUGAACACACUGUAAGGGAGAAGGGCUGCCUUCUUUUUCUUCCACGGGAAAGCAGUUGAUGGGAAGGUGAAGAAGGGGCACGCAAGCACUGGAAAAUCCCCCGCUGCGUGUCUUGCAGUCUCACAGAGGCUUGAGGUAACGCACGGCUUGAUUUACAGCCUCUGUGGGAUAUUGGGAAAUCUGACAAAGACAGUGCUGCCCACUGAUUCUGGGGGGAAACAGGAAGUAACAAAGGAAACAAGUCACUGCCUAGGCGUCCCUUUUGGCCACGCUGCAGUGCAGAUGUACAAGCAGUGCUCCUCCUUUGUGUGUACUGUAGUUAUCGCUGCCGCUCCCAGCCUUUUUAUACACAAAAAGGAGAGGAGCACAGCGAUGUUCCUGCCAUGCCUGAGAGGGGCUAUCAGCUGCUAAUGGCUUUGUCCUCGCAAAGGAAACUAUCAUACGGUGAAAGUAUCAGCAGGAAAAGUAUGUGUCGAUCAGGCAUGGUGACAAGGAAAAUGGCCUCAGAGGAACAGGUCUGGCCAGUCCCAAUGAAGGCAAUUGGAGCACAAAACCUUUUGACGAUGCCUGGAGGGGUGACGAAAUCGGGAUAUCUUCACAAAAAGGGAGGCACUCAGUUGCAGAUCUUGAAGUGGCCACUGAGAUUUGUGAUUAUCCAUGAGGGAUGCAUUUAUUACUUUAAGACCAGCACAUCUGCAUCUCCACAGGGUGCAUUUUCUUUGAAUGGUUACAACAGGGUUAUGCGGGCAGCUGAAGAGACGACAUCAAGCAAUGUGUUUCCUUUCAAGUUAGUUCACAUUAGCAAAAAGCACAGGACGUGGUUUUUUUCUGCUUCUUCUGAAGAUGAAAGAAAGAAUUGGAUGCUGUCCCUGAGGAGGGAAAUCGAUCACUACCAUGAUAAGAAAGAAACAGUAACGGAAUUCAGUGACUCUGGUUCUGAUGCAGACAGUUUCUAUGGUUCAGUUGAACGUCCCAUUGAUAUCAAGUAUUCUCAUCAUUCAGCAGAUAAUGAAGAUUAUGACCAGGAGGAAGAUGAUGAGUCUUACUUGCAACCAGAUACAUCUGACAUAGUGAAAGAUGAUAUCAUGGUCCUGCCCCCAGCCUACCCACCUCCACCGGUCCCUCAUGUCAGAAAAGCUGCCUACUCAGAGUCAAGGUCACAUUCUUUUAGUGGAAAAACUGCUGGUUCAGCAGCACCACCACCACCUCCAAAAAGGAGCUUACCUGAGAUCAAGACAGAGGAUUUCUUCAGUGUGAGAGAGCCCCAGUUACCGUGCCGAGCUGAACCUAACCUAAAGAUUCAGUCCUCCAGCCGGAGACCAAGUGAGCAGCUGCCUCCUGUGCCCCCUUUACCUCUUUUCAAAAAGCCUUUUUGUAUCAAAGAACCUUCCUCACUGCCUCCGGAAUCACUGCCUCUAUCUCACGUUCUCAAUACUUCAGAAGGAUGCGAGAAGCUAAAAACCUUAAACCUUUCGCCACGAACUCCUCCUCCGCUGCCAAGCAAUAAACCCAAGUUGUCCCAGAUAACAGAAAAACCAGUAGAAACCAAAGUGCCAAGAGAACAUGGUAAACCAGGACUGUUUGUGCCACCAGUGCUUCCGAAGCCACCUGUGCCAGGCCACCAGCAUCCUGUGCUUAAACCUAGACCAGAGAAGCCUUCAUGUCCCCAGUUACAGAGAUCACCACCAGAUGGGCAGAGUUUUAGAAGCUUCUCAUUUGAAAAACCAGCACUGCCCUCCAAGCCAAAUCAAGUGAAAGAUGAUUCUGAUGACGACUAUGAAAAAGUUGAACUGCCUACUUCAAUAUUUAUUAAUACCUCUGAAUCCUUAGAAGUUGAAAGGAUAUUUAAAGCUACUAGCCCAAAGGGACAGCCACAAAAUGGAUUAUACUGCAUUAGGAACUCAUCUACUAAGGCUGGAAAAGUAUUAGUUGUAUGGGAUCAAUCUGCAGAAAAAGUGAGAAACUACAGAAUAUUUGAAAAGGACUGUAAAUUCUACCUAGACGCAGACAUCAUGUUUCUGAACAUGGGGAGUUUGGUUGAGUACUAUAGCACUCAUGUCCUACCUAGUCACGGCAGCCUGAUUCUUCGGUGUCCUUAUGGUUACUCUAAACCGAGGUGACAGAGCUGGCACAAUUCACUGACACUGAGGAAAAUUGGGUUCUCUGCUGUCUUGGAAUUAAAUGUGGACUUCUGCCACUGUUGGAUUUCUCAUUGUUUGCACACAGAACCUGAGUUUAUUUCAAUCAUUUGUUCUCAUGUGAACUAUGUCUCCACUUAAUGAACUCUUGGUAAAGUUUUAUAAUGCAGAUCAGUGGAUUUUGUGCCUUUCUCUCAGAAAGAUCUGAACAGACUAUUCUAUGAAGGCCAUCUGCGGCACCUGCACCUUUUUUUUUUUUUUUUGAAACUGCUGCUAUUACUGAUCUCCUUGGAAUGUGGAGGAGAACAAUGUCCACGUGAACAAAGAAGUGUUGUGAAUACAGCCAAAACGGAAGAGGGAAACUUCUGAAAAUACAUCAGAAUUCAUUUGUGGCAGGGAAUACUAAUAUUCUGACUUGAAGGUUUUUACUCCUUAAGUCAGGGCUGGUGCUGAACUUGUAUUACUUGUAUAGUUGAUGUGUAAAUAAUGAAGUCUUUUGUGCAAAUAAUUUGGUUUACUACAGGUGAAGACGAUUGGGAAAUGCGACAUUUUCUAAGCCAGUUGAUACAUAAAUGUAAUUUGUGAUUACAGUGUCCACAGUAAUCAGUACUGGCAUACUGUCUGACAGAUAGGGUUAUGGCAUCAUAUGUAUUACUUAAGAACACUUCAAGUAGGUCUAGGUAAUGCUGAUUUGGUUUUAAUGGGAGUCCCAUUCCUUAUUUGCAAACCAGAAGGUUUUUUUAAACACAAGAAAAAGCUACAGUUAUUGUGAUGUUACAAUUAUUGUAUAAAAUUUUGUGGUCGAUUUGUGAGGAUCGGGUUGUCAGCCAAUUGCAUUCUCUUCUGUUCCAGUGCAAAGCAUCCUGUUCUAGUCUACUUUUUGUAGAACUCUACUAACUUUUUCAUUAUUAAAAUCUCUAUUAGAUCAAAGCAAAUGCAAUGCAAACAAGAUAAAAUUAGUUUUUAGUGUACCAUCAGCAAUAUCAAUUAUAGGUGUUUGCAGGGUGCUUAUGUUUGUUCCCUAAUAUCAUGGGGACAGGUAUCCUAAACAUAAGGGCUUGGUGGUUCUGAAAUUGCCCUAUUCCUGAAUUUUUGUAAAGAGAAAGCUAUUUUACUGACCUGCUACAACAACUUGGUUAAUUCAAAAGUACUGUCAAAUUAUUAUAUUUAAUAAUGUUUAUGAGACUUAAUAAAAAAAGAAUAAUUUGCUGUAACUUUUGAAACAGGAGAAGCUAUCUGGUUUCUGUCAGUUUGAAUCCAUAAAUUUUCUGCUACCCUUACAAAGGUUAUACAUGUCAGGUUUAAUCUUAUUGUUAUUAAAUGGUCACAGCUUUAGAAACAUUAAAAUGUUACAGAAUGAGAAUUUCGUUUUAUGAAAACAGUAAAAUAGGAUUUAAUCCCUAAGGGAUUUUUCUUAAUAAGCUGUAAUAAUAGGAUCUCACAUAGAGCCAGCAGUUCUUACCUUAAUUUCUUCAUUUUGUUUGAGACUGAUAUGCACAAUAUCAGUCAUUUACUUUCUGUUCCCACUGUAAUAAACUUUUUUGUGAGCAUAAAUUAAAGAAUGUGCUGUACUUAAAUUUCAGAUUCUCUUGAAUAUCAGAUAUGUCAGAUUUGUAAUUCCUUUUAUUUUAAAUAAGUAUGCCUGUGGUUCACUGAUCUGAUGUGAUUCACUUCACAAAGAAAGCUCGGCCAACAAAGCACUCCUAAAAACAUUGGCACUUUUAGAUGCGUGUAUCUGUAUUUUAGGCAAGCUCUAGUUUUUUUUUACAGUAUUUAUAUGUACUGUUUACAGAGUAAAUUUUUCUCUCUCUAGGAAUAACUGACUCACUUCAUCAUGACAGUCAUACUUACAAUAUGCUAUGGGGCCAAAUUCAGGUAUUAUUUUUUUAAUUUUUGUUUGCAAAUAUACUCUCAAGAUUUUUGAACUGUAAAAAUACUUGUGUAAUCCAGUACCUAUAAACCAUAAUACUGUCUUUAGCUGUAUAAGACUUGCAAAUAUGUAAAUGUUAAUGUUAAUUUUCUUUUUAUACAAAUGUAUAUAUUUCUGAAAUGGAUAAACUUCCAAUGCCAACUCACCUAUUUUGUGCAGUCUCACUGAACUUGCUGAGUAUGUGCUUAAUACCUUCUCUUGUAAUUGUGUAAGUAGUGCUCUUCUAACUUCACAAUUAGAAGAGUUAGGUUUUAGCCCUCUUGAAUCAAAUUUUUUUGUAAGCAACCAUGUCAGACAUUUGGCAUUCUGGCCAUCAGAUAACACGGCUGGAGGUGAAAAUUAUCCAUUUUAUAUUUACUUCCAAGGUUCUUGAGUGAGAGUUGAGGACUGAAGCAUUCAUUUUAUCUACAGAUACAAAAUACAAGUGCAGCCAUAAUAAAAGGUACCUCAGAGGAACAGGAAUGCGCUGUGCAAGAGAGCCAAGUCUCCAAAGGACUUCUUCAGCAGCUUGCAGGAAGGAGAGGCCCUUUGCAUUUCCCAGCACCUAACAGCCCUUCUGUUCAGCAAUGUUGGCAUAACCCAGCAGGUUUCUCUGCCUCCUGAAGGCAAGUAGAAGGGGCAGCUAGGGACACACUAAGCAAUUCUUCCAGAUGGAUUCCAAAGAAAUCUGCAUUCACACUCCCUUCUGAAUCAUCUUGCUCCUACAUACUGUUCUAGUCUGUUUGGUGGAGAAUUAGAUAAAGUUACAUUUCUGGUGUUUGUAGGGAAGAAAGGCACAGUUUAGAGCUCAGUCUGUCUCCUAUGCCUCUUACACAUCUUAUACACCCCCACUGCAAGCUCCUUAUCUUAAAGUGGUUUGGGGGAGAAGUGUAAAAGCAGUACUUGGCAUGCCAAAAUAUGCAGUUUUGAGUUUGGUAACAUACAAAUCAAAAUAAUUGCUACUAAUUUUGGAUAAAAUUCUGCACUUUCUGUCCAAAUUUCUGUGAAAGCUUUGUAUUUGUGGAGGAAUAAUUCUUCUAGGGAAGAAAAAAAAACAAAAAACGAAUGGUUCUGAAAAUAUGGGAUUUAAAAUGGGACCAUCAGUACAAUACAAUACACUGCAAUAAAGUAGCAAUAGGAAUGCUAAAAGGGAAUCUGAUAUUGAGCUUUUCUGUGAGACUGUGUGCUACAUGCUGCUGCUUUUUGUAAGCUAUCCCCUCAGAACUUAACACUUUUCAAAAGAAUGUAAAUAGGCAGUGAGAAUAUUUGUGCCCUCUGUUCUGUCUUGCUUUAGAAAAUUGGAAGGAAUAGUGAUUUCUGAAGCCUUGAUGGUGAUUAGUUUGAAUUUGGUGACAUCUGCUGGUCAGCCUUUUCCAUGCAGGGCUCUACCCAACAGCAACCCAACAUGAAACAUGUACGGAUGUCAUUUGAGUGGACAUCGUCCUUAAGUGACUUUGGAUAGGAGCUAGUUUAAAGCCUAACUUCAGGUGAAAAGCUGAUGAACUGCCUCUUUGAGGGUGAAAGCAUCUUUUUGCUCAUGUUUCUUAGGUAAGUAGCAACAUUGUUAAGCAAAAUUAGUCAUCUGAAUGUAUUUUAACCUAGAUGAUGACAGAAUAAUAUAAGCAAGAAUAUAAAAUUCAAAACAACUACUUUGAGAUAUAACUUGCAUAAUCAUAGAAUUUACACAGACAUCUGAGAACUACCUAAAUACCUGACAUAAUGAAGCACUAAGGAGUUGUUCUGAACAUUAAAUACUUCACCUAGCCUAAGUGUCUGAUGUUGUAAUAGUUUCCAUCUUAUUAAGAAGUCAAUGUUUUUUUUCUAGAAAGAGAAGCAGUCUUUGAUGACCAUGAUUACAGCCUCCUAAGAGAACUCUGAGCUCUCAUAUUUAAAAAAAAAAAAAAAAAAAAAAAAAGUAAAUGCUAUUAAAACCCUUGCAGAGCAGAAAGAGUUUGAGUUAACUUUAACUUGGGCAAACUGAAGCACCAAAGUUCAGAAAGCUUGGUAUGUCUUGUAACAUAGUGAACCCUAAAAUCUACUCAGGACUUCCAUUCCUGUGCCUUAAAAUACAGGAUAGUAGUUACUGUCAGUUAUCUGUACCUCAUUUCUUACAACUGCUACUUACUGGGAAGCAUUUAACCCAGCCUCUCAGGUUCAUGAUGUAUGUGACCAGAAUGGCAAUAUAAGUAUUGUUUUUAAUGUAAUUUUGCUUCUACAUAACUCUAACGAAGUUGCUUUGUACAGAAAUGACAGUAGUAACUGCUUGUGAGACUAAAUCUUGGAAAUAGAUGGGGAAAAUAAAGGGAGACCCAUCUGACCCUUCUUUGGGUUAGUGCUUUGCUUUUUAACAGUACCAUAUUAAUUCCUUUUGGGCCUAACCUUGAUCCAUCCAGUUCUUGUAGUGGGAAACAGACAUGCACUUCAGUAAUGACUUUUUUUGCACAGCUGGGGUCUCACAGUUGUACUGAAGGCCAUUGAUGUGAAAAGUACAUCACAGACAUAAAGAGAGUAUUCUGUGUGAUCAGGGUUUUCUUACAGGACAAGAAGAAAGAUGUCCCAGGUGUAGCCUUGCAGGCUGUCUGUCAGGGAUUCAGUGAUUACACUGCGCUUUGAUUUAUGCUGUGCUACCAUUCAUACUUAUUUUUCCAAGUAAAUGGCAGCUACACCUUAACUGUGGGGUGCUGCUGAAAAUUUGCCUUUUUAAAAAUUAAAUAUGAUUUAAAAGACUUCAAAAUGUGUUCUUCUAACAUUAGAAAGCUUCUCCCAACAUAAUUUAAUUUUCUCUUGUAUGUAGUAAUAAUUAAUACAAAGCUUUAAACAAAAUACUUUUUUUAUCCAUGUUUCUCAGCCCUCCUCAGUGCUUUGAACUUGCCCUAAUGUCGUCUUUUUCUUUCUUUCUUUGUUUUAUUCACCAUGGCCU